AUGGCGAAGAGCCGCGGAGAGAACGGGCCGCACGCGCCUGCGGCUGGGGAAAGCCUGUCGGGGACCCGGGAGAGCCUGGCCCCGGGCCCCGACGCCGCGACCGCUGACGAACUCAGUUCUCUGGGCUCCGACUCGGAGGCCAACGGCUUCGCAGAGCGCCGCAUCAACAAGUUCGGCUUCAUCGUGGGCUCGCAGGGCGCCGAGGGCGCGCCCUACCCUCUGCUCCACAGGCUGGAGGAAGUCCCCCUGGAGGUGCUGAGGCAGAGGGAAUCCAAGUGGCUGGAUAUGCUCAACAACUGGGACAAAUGGAUGGCCAAGAAGCACAAAAAGAUCCGUCUGCGAUGCCAGAAGGGUAUCCCGCCUUCACUACGGGGCCGUGCUUGGCAGUACCUGUCCGGGGGCAAGGUGAAGCUCCAGCAGAACCCUGGAAAGUUUGACGAGCUGGACAGGUCCCCUGGGGACCCCAAGUGGCUGGAUGUGAUUGAGCGUGACCUGCAUCGCCAGUUUCCUUUCCAUGAGAUGUUUGUUUCCCGGGGGGGCCAUGGCCAGCAGGACCUGUUCCGGGUGCUGAAGGCCUACACGCUGUACCGGCCUGAAGAGGGCUACUGCCAGGCCCAGGCACCCAUUGCUGCUGUUCUGCUCAUGCACAUGCCUGCGGAGCAAGCCUUCUGGUGCCUCGUGCAGAUCUGUGAGAAGUACCUGCCUGGAUACUACAGUGAGAAACUGGAGGCCAUCCAGCUGGAUGGGGAGAUCCUCUUCUCGCUGCUGCACAAGGUGUCACCUGUGGCCCACAAGCACCUCAGUCGGCAGAAGAUCGAUCCGCUGCUCUACAUGACUGAGUGGUUCAUGUGUGCCUUCGCCCGCACCUUGCCCUGGAGCUCAGUGCUGCGCGUCUGGGACAUGUUCUUCUGCGAAGGUGUCAAGAUCAUCUUCCGGGUGGGGCUGGUGCUGCUGAAGCAUGCGCUGGGCUCUCCAGAGAAGCUCAAAACCUGCCAGGGCCAGUAUGAGACCAUCGAGCGGCUGCGGAGCCUCAGCCCCAAGAUCAUGCAGGAGGCCUUCCUGGUCCAGGAGGUGGUGGAGUUGCCUGUAACAGAGCGCCAGAUCGAGCGUGAACACCUCAUCCAGCUGCGGCGCUGGCAGGAGACCCGGGGCGAGCUUCAGUGCUGCUCCCCGCCCCGGCUGCACGGCGCCAAGGCCAUCUUAGAGGCAGAGCCAGGCUCCCGACUUUCCCUGCAACCGUCACCAUCCAUUCGUCUGCCUCCAGAUGCCCUCCUCCCUGGCUCUAAAGCCAAGUCCAAGCUUCCCAAACAGGUCCAGAAGGAGAAGGAGAAGCAGAAGCAAGCGAAGGCAAGUGGGCAACAGAACCAGCCCCCAGUUACAGGCCAAGCCGAAAUGGUGGCUGCUGCGGGAGAUGCAUGCCCCCCACCAGAUGUGCCCCCGAAGGACCCAGCUCCGCAGAACUCAGCCCACCACUGCUCCCAGGAGAGUCUGACGUCCCAGGAGAGCGAGGACACCUACUUAUAA